CUCCGAUAUGUACUUACGGAUACUUUACAGGGAUAUGUACACUUCUUUUUUUCUCUUUGGCCGCAACUUGUUCAUAUCUCUAAGAAAGUAAGGUACAGGUGCGACGUUAGGAUUGAUUGACGGAUUUCCAAGCUUGAACUCCCACCGACCCCACCGAGCCAGUCUGUCCUCAAGCUUCUAAAGUUGCCAUGCUACACACAUCACGAAUUUGAUGAGCAAGAGAAACCGAAACAAAAAGACGAAUUUAAAAACAACAAUUCACCCUCUUCGCGCCAACUAAGGGCUUGCCGUCUCGUGUCCUGUGACAUUGUAUUUGGAAUUUAAUAAGUCCACCCGAGGAUCGGCAAUUGCUGCAUUGAUCUCGACAACAAAAAUAAAGAGAGGGCUUGGCGAACUAUCGCAAACGCGCCAACAACAUGGAUUAUGAAGCGUUAAAGGAACAAUGGGGUGAGGUUGAAGACCGCGAUGGCGUUCGGCUGAGUUGGAACGUCUUCCCCAGCUCUCGGAUGGAAGCAUCCCGUCUUGUUGUCCCCAUCGGCGCCCUCUACACCCCCUUGAAAGAGAAGCCGGAUACUCCUCUACUGCAGUUCGAGCCUGUGACGUGCAAGCAACCAUGUCGAUCCGUUUUAAAUCCUUUCUGUCAAGUCGACGUUCGAGCACGGCUAUGGAUUUGCCCGUUUUGCCUUUCAAGAAAUCCCCUCCCGCCUCAUUAUAAAGACAUCACGCCCAAUGCCAUCCCUCCCGAGUUACACCCCUCCAACACGACUAUCGAGUAUAGGCUCUCUCGACCUGCUCCUAGCCCGCCUAUCUUCCUUUACGUUGUCGAUACAUGCCAAGAAGAUGACAGUCUUUCGGCCCUUAAGGAGUCUCUUGUCAUGAGUUUGAGUCUUCUCCCCGAGAAUGCUCUGGUUGGCUUGAUUACCUAUGGGACAAUGGCCCAAGUUCACGAGAUCGGAUAUACCGAAUGUGCUAAAUCAUACGUCUUCCGCGGCAGCAAAGAUUAUUCCGCCAAACAAGUCCAGGAGAUGCUGGGGCUGCUCGCCCCCAGUUUGCGCCCUGGGAUGCCUCAGCAGCAGCCCGGCCGACCGAUGCUUCCCAUGGGCCCUGCAACUAGAUUUCUCUUACCUGUCCAACAAUGUGAAUUCCAACUUACAAAAAUCCUCGAGCAGCUGCAGAAAGACCCCUGGCCCGUCGCCAGCGAUAGGCGAAAUCUCCGUUGCUCCGGCGUCGCACUGAGUGUGGCCGUAGGUCUUCUUGAGUCGUCUUUCCAGAAUGCUGGCGGCAGGAUUAUGCUCUUUGCGGGCGGCCCUGCAACAGAAGGGCCCGGAAUGGUAGUUGGUCCCGAACUAAGAGAGCCUAUUCGUUCGCAUCAUGACAUCGAUCGUGACAACAUCAAGUACUACAAGAAAGCGCUAAAGUUCUACGAUAAUCUCGCGAAGCGAACAGCUCACAACGGCCACAUAAUAGACAUUUUCGCUGGUUGUUUGGAUCAGGUAGGAUUACUCGAGAUGAAAGGCUUGUGCAACUCUACUGGCGGUCAUAUGAUCCUCACGGAUAGCUUUACUUCGUCCAUGUUUAAGCAGUCGUUCAUUCGUGUCUUCGAGAAGGAUGGUGACGACAACUUACUAAUGGGUUUCAACGCCGUUCUGGAGGUCUUGACAACUAAAGAGUUAAAAGUAACCGGCUUGAUUGGGCACGCCGUAUCGCUAAAUAAGAAGUCGACCUCUGUUGGCGAGACUGAGUGCGGCAUUGGAAAUACUUGCUCGUGGAAAAUGUGCGGCAUUGACCCCAAUGCGAGUUACGGUGUCUAUUUUGAGAUCGCAAGUCAAGGCGGCCCCACACAGCAUCAGCAAGGUCAGCAGAAGGGUAUGAUGCAGUUCUUGACGUAUUACCAACAUUCUUCGGGUCAAUUCCAUCUUCGGGUCACCACCAUUGCCAGGAAUCUAAGCGGCCCAGCUGGGGAUCCGGCCAUUGCCCAGUCCUUUGACCAGGAAGCUGCUGCGGUACUCAUGUCCAGAAUUGCUGUUUUCAAAGCAGAGGUCGACGAUGGUCCCGAUGUCCUUCGAUGGGUGGACCGCAUGCUUAUCCGAUUGUGUUCGCGUUUCGCCGACUACAGGAAAGAUGACCCGUCGUCAUUCCGGCUUGAGAAGAACUUCACUCUCUACCCUCAGUUCAUGUUCCAUCUCCGACGGAGCCAAUUCCUCCAGGUCUUCAAUAAUUCACCCGAUGAGACCGCCUUUUACCGUCACGUGUUAAACCAUGAAGACGUGAGUAAUUCUUUAAUCAUGAUACAACCAACCCUCGACUCGUAUACCUUCGACCAGGACGGUGGCCAGCCGGUUUUGCUAGAUUCGACCUCUAUUCAACCCACGCAUAUUUUGCUUCUCGACACGUUCUUCCACAUCCUUAUCUUCCACGGCGAGACCGUCGCGGAGUGGAAGAAGGCUGGUUACCAAGACCAAGAAGGCUAUGAGAAUUUCGCUGCCCUACUUGAGCAACCGAAAGAGGACGCAAGAGAUCUUAUUGCCGACAGAUUUCCACUUCCGCGUUUUAUUGUUUGUGAUGCCGGUGGUUCUCAAGCGCGAUUCUUACUGUCGAAGCUUAACCCAUCCACAACCCAUACCUCAGGAGCGUACGGUGGUGUAGGUGCCCAGACCGCCCAGACUAUCUUUACCGAUGAUGUGUCACUGCAAACUUUCAUGGAUCAUCUUAUGAAGUUGGCCGUAAGUGGUACGAAUUAGACAUGUUUGGGGGCCUCAUGAAUUGCCUUUGGGAAACUUCUACGAUGUGUGCUACAUUUUGAAGGGGAGAUAAGCGGCAAAUUCAAUGCAAACUGGGUUAAAAUGAACAGAAGAGCUUAAGUAUUGCGGAAGAGAUAAGCCUAACUUGAGCCCUAGGUAUUUUUCAAAGAAGGGAACCAUUCAUGCAUUGAGAGAUACGUUGUCCAGUGCACAUAUCCCCUCAUUGUUAUCGUAGACCAUUAGCAUGAAUCGAUGGGUUUUGCCUCUUAUCAUCUAUCUAAUGAUUGAAUGGAUGAAUAAAUAAAUAAAUGAAUAAAUAAAUGAGGGCAUGCGAGAAACUAAAUGUUCUAACAUUUAAUCACUCUGUAAAUCUAAUGUGUUGAACGGUAAUAAUGAAG